AUGGACCUGUCGGCUCUCGUUUUAGAUCAGAGUGGUGACAUACUGGUCCAACCCACCCUGGACAGCAGGAAAAGUGUUGUCAUCGACCUGGGAACCAGAUAUACGAAAGUGGGUUUUGCAGAGGAGCAGGCUCCAUGCAGUGUGUUCCCCACAGCGGAAGCUCAGUGGCAUUCCCAACAGGGUUCAGAGUAUCACGAGUGUACAUUUCCAGAUGCGACAGAGAUGGUAUUAGAUUACAUCUUCAAGGUUAAAUUAGGUGUAGACUCCAAGGAUCACUCAAUAUCGGUGGGACAGUCCCUCCCGUACGUACAACAGAACAAGGAGAAACUGUUUGAACUCUUAUUUGAGAAAUUCCAAGUUCGAAGGGCAUUGUUACCGCUUAAUAAUGCACUCUCCCUGUACAGUACAGGUCAACUGACUGGCCUUGUGACGGAGCUUGGAGCAGGGACAAGUUUUUGUGUACCCAUAUAUGAAGGUUUCCCUACCAAAGGGUUUGUCAUGUCUUCAGAUGUAACCGGAAACAAACUUACCGAAUUUUUCAUGAAUCUGCUUUCAAAACAAGAACACUCGUUUCUACCUAUUACAGACCCAGUGUUAGCCGAGACUGUGAAGGAGUCAGUGUGCUCCGUCGGACCAAACUUGUUUUCGGCACUGUCCGACUCCCCGGAUGUAGUGUACACACUCCCAGACGGAACGGAGCUAAAUAUAGGUAAAGAGAGGUACCAAUGUCCGGAAGCCUUGUUUAGUCCGAAUCUGAUCCCGUGUGUAACCAGAAGUAUCCCAGCUGUCAUUUGUGAGUGUAUUAAUAAACUAGAUACAUUGAGAGGUAAAUCGUGUACUACCAGUCUUGUUAAAAACAUACUGUUAUCUGGCGGAAGUUCAAAGUUCACCAACUUGUGCGAAAGAGUCAAAGUUGAGGUUGAUAAGUGUUUAAAUGAACCAUAUGCUUCUCAGUCUAAAGUGACUACACCAACUUGCGGAAUGUUCUCCUCGUGGAUUGGGGGAUCUGUCUUAUGUUGUCAUAACAACUACAAUGAAUUGGCUAUAUCGGCGGAGGAAUACCAAGAACACGGAAGUAACGUUAGCAGCCUCAAGUCUAUGUUUUAG